GCAGCCCAUUUGGCAAAAGAGUGGAAUGAGAGAAAGCCACCACCCAAAGCCCAGGCAGAGGUGGCAACAAGUAAGGGCCAGAAGUAUGCAAAACAGUUUGCAUAUGACAUGUGGAAGCAGUGUGGGAUGAGAGUGGUGAUCAUGUUGGCAUGGAAGGAUAAGGAGGGUGAAGUGAUGGUUGGAGUGAAUGACUUCAAUGACAAGCUGGGUGAUGGAGAGCUCUAUUCAGAUUGGGAAGACCUUCAUGGAAAGUGGUCAGCCUACACAAAGAAGGCCUUUGGGGCCAAUGGUAUGGAGGAUGGCAGCAGAGAGGAUGAGGCUGGCUUGGCUUGUGGGAAGAUGAAUGCCAGUGUACCUUGGGCUGCAAUAGCUGACAACCAGGCAUCCUAUGUGGCUUCCAAGUAUCUUCCUCCCAAUAUCCCAUUCAAAGAGCCCACCAGGCUGACACAUCAUGAACUAAUCAAAACCUUGGAGUUCUGGAAGGAGUGA